UUAAAGGAAAAUGUUCAGUGUUCUCUGAAAGUUCUUAGUAAAACAGCCAGUAUAGCAUCAAAAAUGACUACAGGUAAUGGAAACAGUAUUUUCAGCAGUAAAAUUAUCAAAGACAGUGAGAAAGAAGAAAUGGGUAAAGAGAAAGAGAAAAAAGAAAAGAUUUCUUCUGCUUUUGCUGAGGCUAACCUAUUUGGUGAAGAGAGUAAAGAAAAGCCAAAGGAUGACUGGACAAACAAAGAUGGAAAAACAAGAGAAACAAAAGAAAAAGAAAAAAUGCUCAAGUGUGACAAAGAAAAAGUUAAAAAGGAAGAAAAGGCUUCGAAAGAUGAAAAAUGCAAGAUGGGUGAGGUAGAUUCAAAAUUAAUUCCAGAAAAAGAAAGAGAAAAGGAACCAUCCAAAGAAAGAGAUAUUCCAAAGGAAAACAAAGGCAAGGAAAGUAGAAAAGGAGGAGAAAAAGUAGUAGCUGUUGGGUUCUUAAAGUCACCAGGUCUCAGGCUGGAAACAUUAGAGCCUGGAAAGGAACAGAAACGACAAAAACUUGAUAGGCGAUCAUCCCUAUUGCGUUCCUCAACAGUUAAGGACCACCACGCAGGACUGUGACCCAGAUCCAAGCUCAGGCAAAGCCACAGAGUACUGCCUCCGUGCCAGCAAAGAGACCCCUGUAAUCUCCUUCUGACCAGCUCUUUGACCCCCUUACCAUCUGUGGGCUCAGAGUUCCAGAAGUAGCUGCUACCGCUGCUGCUGGUUCAGUCACGCCAGGGCUGCUCCAAGUUUGCUGGGGCUGGGGCUGUGCUGGACUGUGCUCCACCCUCACCCAAGCAUGAUGGACCUCUCCUGCCGACCUCCUCAGGUGUCUUGGGCUGGCAAUUCAUUUCACUCUGUCUUUUUGUGGGUUCUGCUGCUUUAGAAUUUGUUUAGAAUCAUUCUUAAAGGUAUUUGGAGGAGUUUGGGGGAGACCUGAGGCAGGCUGUGCCUUUACUUGGCCAUCUUAGCUCUACCUCUCAGGAAAGCUUCUUGAUCAUUACGAUAAUACUUCACUUUUUAUUUUUCCAUUUACAUCAUAUAUCUGUUAUUUUUAUGGUUCUCUUUAUGUCACCUUCUGUCGAUGCACCCGGCUUCUCUUAAGCUUCCUAAGCUUCUCCUAAUUCCUCAUAUUUGUUUUCUCAUUACAUUCUUGUUUAGUCAUUCCCAAAUUAGUGGACAUCUACUUUGAUCCCGUUUCUUUGCUACUCCACACAGAUUUGACAAUUGGGACCUAUCCUCUUGGCUUUAGCCUCCUUGGUAGGGGGAACCUGCCCCCUCAAGGCCACAAGUUUCCCACCCUGUCCUAAGCAAGCUGGUGCAAUCCCAGGUUUUUGGUCUUUUUUCCUCAGUGGUUGGGCCAUUCACAGUUUGUUUUUUUUUUAAAGUUAAGUUAGGGGGCCACUUUUAAGAGGUGAGAAAACUGAAGUGUGAGGAUCUCCUUGGACAGCAAAAGUAAAAUGAGAGUUGGUGUCAUGAAAGUUGAAGAAGCUAAGCAACUGACAGGCCUAGAAUGUUAGCAGGUUCUUCAUUAUGAAUAAUGAAAAACAGGACAUGUAAAAUAAAUAGUAAUUGAAAAAAUCAUUGAAGACGACGAGAGAGUGAGGAAUAAUAAACAGCCUGUGUCAGUCAUUAUUGUCUACAGAUGAGAUAGUAUGGAUGAGUUGCAAUCUGUUUACCACUAGAGAAAAACAAAUGUACAUUGAUUUGAUUAUGAACGUAAUAUCUGUUGCUUAGCAUAGCGUCCUUACUGACUUCCAACACAAACACGUGUUGAGUGUUUAAUAAUAAAUUUUCAUCUGCUUGAGUAACUAUGACAUUUACCUAGUUAAAAAUUGAAUCAAGCAAAGUUGUUUAUUUUCUCAGCCAGGUACUACACAGCUCCUCUUACUUACAGUUAAGUGAGAGCAAUACAAAGCAUCUUGAAAAUUCUGCAAUUCUGUUUUAAAAUUCAUAGCAUUGAAAUAACUUUUUUAAAGUUUUUAAGGGGGGGCAGAGCCAAGAUGGUGGAGUGAAAGCAGUGACUUGCUUGAA